UGCACGCGCCUAGCCUCGCGCACGUCAGUGAAGCUGAGUUGGAGGAUCAUGGCGGAGCGCAGGAGGCACAAGAAACGGAUCCAGGAGGUGAGCGAGCCCACCAAGGAGGAGAAGGCGGUGGCCAAGUACCUUCGAUUCAACUGCCCAACAAAGUCCACCAACAUGAUGGGCCACAGAGUCGACUACUUUAUCGCCUCAAAGGCAGUGGACUGUCUGCUGGACUCAAAGUGGGCCAAGGCUAAGAAGGGAGAGGAGGCAUUGUUCACCACCAGAGAGUCUGUGGUAGAUUACUGCAACAGACUUCUAAAGAAGCAGUUUUUCCACCGGGCCCUCAAAGUGAUGAAGAAAAAACCUGAGAAGGACACCAAGAAAGAAAAGGAGAAGGAGAAGGAAAAAGAGAAGGAGAAAGACAAGACCAAGGGGGACAGCAGCAAAGAGGAGGAGAAAAAAGGAAAGAAGGAGAAAGAGAAGAAGAAAGAGUCUGAGGUCGCUGAAACUAAGAAAGAGAAGAGUGAUGACAGUCCUGGGACCCCAAAGAAGAAGAAAGAAGUGAAGAAGAAGUUCAAACUGGAGCCUCAUGAGGAUCAGCUGUUUCUAGAUGGAAAUGAGGUCUAUGUGUGGAUUUACGACCCUGUCCACUUCAAGACAUUCGCCAUGGGACUGAUACUUGUCAUCGCUGUGAUUGCAGCCACGCUGUUCCCUCUGUGGCCGGCAGAAAUGCGUGUAGGAGUUUACUAUCUAAGUGUAGCAGCAGGCUGCUUUGUUGCCAGUAUACUGCUCCUGGCUGUUGCCCGCUGUAUCCUCUUCCUGAUCAUCUGGUUGGUGACGGGUGGUCGCCAUCACUUCUGGUUCCUCCCCAACCUUACAGCAGACGUGGGCUUCAUCGACUCAUUCAGGCCGCUCUAUACUCACGAGUACAAAGGACCUCGAGCCAGCAGUAAGAAGGGCUCAGACAAGACAGACGACAAGGACAAUGGAGGCUCCACCAAGGCUCAGAAGUCUGACAGCGAAGAGAAGUCCGACAGUGAGAAGAAGGACGGCGAUGAUGAGGAAGAGGAGGAAGAGGAGGAGAGCAAAGAGGCGGCAGCAGAGGAGAGUAAAGAAGUGGAGGGGGAGGGGACAGAUCGGCACUCAGACACAGACAGCGACCGGCGGGAAGAUGAAGGCUCACAGCACAGUAACGGAAACGACUUUGAGAUGAUCACCAGGGAGGAGCUGGAGCAGCACACAGAAGAAGAGGAAGAACAGGAGGAGGAGGAGGAGGAGGAGGAGGAGGAGGAGGAGGAGACACAAGAGAGGAAAGAAGGGCGUGAAAGUGAGACUAAAGGCCAGACUGCUGAAACAUAAACUUGUUACAAUCCCAUCACUCUCUACUUCUCUCUUUCUCUGUCCCUCCCACCCUCCCUCCCUCCUGUGAUCCCAGGACCUGUUCGUCUCAACUCCUUGCAAGGAGACGCCUCAUCUCUUGUUGUUGAGCUCUUCCACUGACACAGCACCCACAGUCCAGGACCGGAGAAAAGCAAACAGCUCCAAUUAUGAGGAGAACAAAUAGUACGAUAAAGAAGCCUUAAGGUGGAGCUGAUUCCUCCAGCUCAAAAUCACAAAUCUGCCCGAGGAAGCUGUCAACAAAAAACCAUCAGACUUCCACAGCGAUGAUGGACACUUCAGUUCUCAUCUUAUUUAGUUGACCAUGUCAUAAAGUAGCUUUUUUGUGUAAUUUCAACCCCAAAUCUUUUAUUUCUGCCCCCUAGUUAUAUUUUAAUGUUGUUAAUACUACAUCUGAAGGUAAAGACGAUGGAGAAAAGCUCAAAGUGAGCAGUAAGAGAAGACUGGUGCUGCUUUCUUUCCUCCUUUUUUCUGGUUUCACCGUAGUCUUUGAGCUCCACAUUGUUGGUACAAUCAGUCUCUCUGUUCAUUCACCUUGUGUUGUUUCAGGAGCACCUGUGAGUCUGAUAGCUUUCUCAGGCAGGUAGUGAAGCAAACUGUUGAGCGUUAAAGCCAGAUGGACCAAAUCCUGAAAAAACUCGAAAGGAAAUGACAAAAAAAAACGACCAUAUUGUGGCUGGCUAGAGUGUUUGGGCUCUUUGAGGUACUUGCCAUGUUCAGUAAGAAAAAAAAUCUAGUUUUUCUGAAAAGACUGAUGCUCAUAGUGCAGUUCUCUCACAGUAUCGUUAAUGUUUAAUGUGGGACUCAUCUGUAAGAGUAAAUAUGAGCAACUGGGACACAGCUGGCGUACUUAAUUUUCUUUUUUAAAAAAAGAUUUCUGCAUUUGUUGUACAACUAAAACUAGAAGAUAUCAAGUCUAUCUGCAAACAGGAACCAAGACGUAAAGUUAACUUUAGUGCCAAACACAUCUAAUACUGAUGUUUUGCAUGCUGAUUUAAAAAAGUGCGAGCAGGCAACAUUUAAAAGUAAAGUUACAUUUGUUAAUUUGUUGAAUUUUGUAUCUGCAAUGUGAUAACUCCUCAAAUGUUUGGGAAAAAUAAAGAUGAAAAAGCACAGAUUCUCAAAGAGGUAAUUUGCUAUUUGUGAAAUGAGGUUGUAUGAGAUAUCUGUCAGUAGUACGUUUAUUGGCUGCAGGAGAUGCCGGUCAGCUCGGCCCCUUAAGGAGAAACCGGCUUGGAAGAUAGGCAAAGGCAUAUGUACCAUAAAAUCCGGUGUACGAGAUGCACUUUUGAUACAUAUUUUCACAUCUUAGAAGUUAGCUACGUCCUUUAUACUAGUGUUGCACCACCAAUGUGCAAUUAUACCAUACAAUAUUGCAAUUACGAUAUAAUGCAUUAAAGGUAUCGUGGCUCUACUUGCUUGGUUAUUACGGAAAAUGUCGAGGAUAAUUAUGAUUUCUCAACUCAAACAUACAAAUAUUAAGCAGCAUUAAAUAACUACAAAGUUUUUGCAGUACUGCUUUAAAAAAAAAGUUACAUUUUCCAAAAAUCUUCCCACAGUGCAAAUGCAGUGGCACCAUAGUGAAUUUAAAGGCCUUUCUACAGGCAUUUUGCUAACCUCUUAACUACUACUUUAAGCAAACAAAAUUGAAGCCUUGUACGCAGUUAUGUUAUUUCACAGCCUGAAAUUGCAAUUGUGAUUAGAUCAAGUGUGCAGCAUUUCAUUAUACCUAUACAAAGUAUGUACCAGUAUGCUAAGGCAAGCUUUACCUUAAGUUUGAAGCUUCCCCCUGUAUCAAACUGACCUUGUGCAAGUAAAAAAAUUCAACCCAUUCAUUGUUUUCUUCAAGCUGCUGUUUCACCUCUAAAGAAGAGCCGAAAACAUAGCAACAGACCAGACAAGCAGGGGUUGGUGCCACUUUUUAAACCGCUUUUCCCGUUGUUAAGUCAUAACCCUCCAUUUAAAGAAAACAGGGAGCAUACAGUUAAGUAAACUGAGAUUGUGAAGACUGAAAGCAUUUCUCAGAUAAAGAUCAAUUGAGUGGCAGAGGAGGGUAGUGAGCUAAGUCUGGCUCACAAUAAUCACCACAGGCUGUGAGCUAAACUACUGUAUUACAGCUAAGAGAUGUACAAAUGGUACUAAAAAAGCAAUAGAGCUGCACAGAAAUCACAUGCAGGUGGGUGGUUCAAACCUUUUUCCCUUUUGAAAUCGGAUUGUGACUUGUAUAGCCAAGUGACUUGUAUUGCAAACUUUACUGUACAUGGUGUGCCAAAGUAGUUGUGAAAUUUAGUGGCUUGCUAGGGGAAAAAGUAAAGCGAAUUUUUUCAGUAUAGCAUCAUUUUACCAUUUGCUUUUUAGCUUGUUUAAGCUAAAUUUCAUGGAGCAAAUGAUCCCAUCUGCAUAGCCGUACAGCAUUACUUCCAUGCCUGCUAGAUCUCCUUUAGAUAUAACACUUACUACUGACAAGUACCUCAAACAACAAAAUUAUCAGAUUAUUCCUUUAAGUUUCAGCUAUGACAAAAGAUUAUUGGUCUCAAUGAAACCAUUUAGAGGGCACUGGCUCUUUUGUGGAAAUAGUGAUGCUUUAGUGAUCCAGCUCCACUGACCAAACUAAAGCUGGAACCAUUAGUCAAUAGAUAUAUUACUUGAUAUUAUUGCCAACUAUUUUGAUAUUCUAAUAAACUUUUUGGUAUUUUGUGGAACAGUUUCAGCCUCUACAAUGCAAAGAUUUGCUUCUCUUGUCAUUUAUGGUAAAGAGUCAUUGAGGUUUGACUUAAAUAAUGAGGCAAUAUGAAGAUGUCCCUCUGAAAUUGUGAGGAUUUAUUUAAAAAAAUGUGAUUUAUUAAAAAAUGAAGACUAAACUAAUUGUAAAAAUAAUCGUCUGACUUAAACAUCCAUAUUAAACAUAUUACAUAUUAAAUUAAGUUACAGCUCAGAGCAGUAACAUUUCCAGUGGAAGCCUGUGGUCAGAGCUGUUCCUUUACACCCACUUCAGGCUAGAAACAUCUUAGAUGCUCUUUUUAGUCACAGCAAGGAUAAUAUAUAAGUAUACAAAAUAUUUUUAGUCAUAGCCAGGAUUAUAUUAAGGUCUGAAAAAUAGAAAUGUAUCAUUUAUAUAUGGAUUCUAUUGAUAUAUCAUAUAUAUGCAUACAGUCUAAAUCAAGAAAAGCUAUUUUCUUUCCCUCCCUUCUCUUCUUUUUGUAUUAGGAGGUAUUUGAAUGUUUAUAAUGCUCAUUUUUGUUUUUAUACAAUCAAAUAAAUGUACUCGUUAUUUAAAGGCAACAUCUGAGGUUAGAAAGGGGGGAUUUAUUAGCAUUUUUCUAUAUUUAGUUUUUACAUUUGCCACUGUAACAUUGAAUGUGUGAUGAUGUUGGUUUGUCUCUUUCACUGAUGCCAGUAGAUCAUCCACAACAUCCUGCUGGUUUCAAUUGAACCGACUUUGCACAGUCUAACGUUAUGAGAACAUGUUCACACGGCUUAGUACUGGUGCGGAAAACAAACUCACCUCAACUGAAUUCAGUACUUUAUUCUCCCACUGAGACUUGUAGCUCUUUGACUUUCUAACUCUCAGUUCCUUUUCUAAUAUCUUUGUUUUGUUUUCUUCCCCUAAUCAGGCAAAGUGCAUCUCUGUGUCCUGAGUUGCCAGCUGCUCUACUCUCAAUUUUGGCAUUUCACAAAAGAGAAAAACUUCUCCCAGUUGUUCUUGACUGUUGCACAGUAUCGGUCUCUUGUAUAUUGUAGUAUUAUUAUUAUUAUGAUGACUCUUUACGCUGCUGCUUUUCAUCGCACAUUUCUGGGGGAAAUAAAAGUGAAAUUGUUAAACAUCUGUGUUUUAUCUCUGGUCAAAAAAUAAAUAAAUAAAAAAUAAGCGUGUCUUUUGGUCACCUAGUUGUCCACAUCUGGGUCAGUGUCAUUCUGAAGACUGUCACAUGCAAUAUUGGAGUAUAAUUUAAUAAAACUGGAUGUCUGGAAAUAUAUCUGUAUCUUAUCAUUGCAAUAAAAGUAUAGAAAGCAUAAAAGUGUUGUCAUAUUUUACUGUAUCUUUUUUAAGAACUGUAUUUAUGCUUUACAAUAAAACUUAUUUUAGA